AUGAAGGCUGAACGAAGUCGGAGAAGUGAUUGGCAUGAUCAGCAUGAGGGCCUUGUUUGGAGAGGGCAUCGGCUUUGCUAUACCUGCGGAUUCCAUCCGGAGUGCUUUACCAAGCCUUAUCUCAAGAAAGAAGGUGCCACGUCCAUACAUUGGAUUGAAGAUGAAAUCGAGUCUUGUGCCCAAGCUGAGUCCUUUGGGCAAGGUGCAUUUGUUGAGAUGGUACUGGAGGGCAGCCCAGCAGAAGAAGCAAAGUUGCAGGAGAACGAUCAGAUCGUGGAGGUGAAUGGCCAAAAGCUCUGCCACUUUGACCAGGUGCAAAUGGCGGUUCGCUCGACCAAAGUUGGCGGCCAACUGAAACUAAAAAUCAAACGCGGCAAAGAGACUGUCUCCACAACCGUGCCUAAGACUCGCCGAGUUUUCGGCAGUUUUGUAGAGACCCCGUGA